AGCGGGUCGAGAAGUGGCGUGCUAGGGCCUCCAAAGAUGUUUUUGAACCAGUGGAGACUCCUAGACCCUAAUCUUGACAUUUGUUGUUUUUCGCCCUUGAGUCUUUCAAGCGGAGAGUUAUUUUCUAUUUUUAGAGACAUGCGUUAUGAAAUAAUUUUAGUCAUGAUUUUUUGCAGUUGGAACAAUUUUUUUUGAGAAGAUAAGUGCGUAGGGGUGAUUAUUGCUGUAUUUAAUUAUUGAAUUUAAGUAAAUGUUCGGGAUUUGCUGAUUAAUUAAUUAAUUUAUUAAUUUUUCUUGAUUGUUGGGGGGAUCUUGGGAGAGUGGGAGAUUAUCAUUUUCCUAACCUCCAGUUUGUGCACGUGAAACAUGUGGUGGAACAGUGGUGGCUGAGGACAAUAAACUGUGUCAAUUGCUGGGAUUUUAUUCAGUGACAGAGUCCAGACGAUAUGGUGAUGAGAGGAGGAUGGAUUCUGCUUAAUAAUGGAUGCAUUAUAAAAAGAUUUAACUAUGGAAUCAAUAGUUGUACUAGGUGGUACGCGUCACUGCCAAAACUCACACCUGAGGAGGUGACGAGAAUCCUGAGGACGAAUGAAUUUACGCAGGAGUUGGUGGGAUCUAAUUCGAUUAAGUAUUAUGAUUCUAAUCAAUUGGCAUCGAAUAAUCCUCUGGAGGAUGCGAGGGCAGAGGGUCGAUGUCGUCUGACGAAUGGAUUACUAUUCGGAAUUUUUGACGGACACGGGGGCAACUCCUGCGCCCAAGUCGUAUCGAAAAGAUUACUUCACUAUAUUGCCGUUUGUUUACUACCCCGAGAGGUCCUCAAUGAGACUCUCAAACAGUCCAAAACCCCCGAGCAGCUACGAGAGCACUUGCUGGAGUGCUUUUACGACAAAACCGACUUCGUACCUGAGAUUAGUAAACUCUACGGGGAGAGUUUCCUCUCCUUCCUCAGGGAGGUAUCCCAGAAGUAUGGCGACUCGGGAGGAGCGGAGUUUCAGAUGGAGAGUGCAUUAGAGACGGCUUUUCUCAGUUUAGAUAGCGAUAUUUCUAAUGAGGCUCUGAGGAAAGUCAAGAGGCAAAUCGAUGCGAGGACUCUCUCGGUUGCUAUGUCAGGAGCUGUGGCAGUUGUUGCUCAUAUUGAUGGCCCUCACCUUCAUGUGGCUGGGGUCGGAGAUUGUCAAGCAGUUCUGGGAGUCUAUUCAGAGGAGGAAGGCUGGUCUGCGAAACUGCUGACCGUAGAACACAACACAGAUAACCGCGAAGAAGUCGAGAGAAUCCUCUCCGAGCACCCAGAGAGCGAGAGUCGAACAGUGAUAAAAAUGGAGCGUCUCCUAGGUCAAUUAGCCCCCCUCCGCGCCCUCGGUGAUUUUCGAUACAAGUGGAGCAAGGAACUAAUGAAGAAAAUAGUAGUGCCAUAUUACGGGGAGGGAGCAGUCCCCCCGAAUUACCACACACCCCCUUACCUAACAGCAAAGCCCCAGGUGACGUAUCACAGACUGACACCAAAGGACAAAUUCCUGAUAAUAGCGACUGAUGGUCUGUGGGAUCUACUCUCACCUCUCGAGGCAGUUCAACUUGUGGGUGAACACAUGAGUGGAAAAGUUACUCUUAAUUCAUUGCAACUAACAUCCGAUAUGAAACUGUCUGAGAUCAACGAGAUGCUGUUGAAGAGGAAAGAGGGGCUCAAGAAAAAACCUCUGGAUGAAAAUGCUGCCACGCACCUUCUCAGAAAUGCCCUCGGGGGCACAGAGUAUGGGAUGGAUCACGCCAAGGUCUCCCAAUUUUUAACUUUACCCAGUGAAGUCGUUCGUAUUUUUAGGGACGAUAUUUCCAUUACUGUUGGAUAUACUGAUACAGAAUUUUUGAGGAAUUGUUCGUUGUAGAAAAAAUGGGGGGAUAUUUCAAUUGCAAAGUGAUGAAAUGACACGAGUUCAAUAACUUUUUUUUCAUAUAUUUUAGAUUUCCAGAUAUUUUAACGAAACUGAAUUUGAAAAAUAUUUACCAAAAACCUUAGUUCAUGUGAAAUUGACUUCUUUUGUUUCAUCACUUGACUCCAAUAUUUUUCAGCUCACUCAUCGCAAAUUACCAGAAAUGAGAAUGUCUGAUCGGUUGAUUAACAAAAGUCUUUCAAACAUGUUUGAUUUCUGUACAUAUUUAUUACUGUAAGCUUCAUUGAACAUGUGAUGUAUUGACAUGCCACUUUUAUUCGGGAUAUCAUAAAAAUUUACAUUGGAGAAUAGUGGUGAAUUUAUUCUAGUGUGUCACAGAUAAAUAUACAUAUAUAAUGCAAUUUUAUUUUUCGUUUAAUUAAUUAUAAAGUAGAAUUGUUAUACAUGUAUAAUAGAUUUGUUUUUCCACUCGUGGAACUUGUUUUGCUCUCGGGGCAAAAUAAAUAUGCACGAAAUUGAAA